CAACAAUCAAAUCAGAGAAUCAUGAGUGGUGACCUGACCUCUCCUGCUGCUGUCCAACUGUGCUACAAGAACCUGAAUGGAUCCUGUGUCAAAACCUCCUACUCCUCAGGCCCCCGCCUGCUGCUCUAUGCAGUGUUUGGCUUUGGGGCUGUGCUGGCAGUGUUUGGAAACCUCCUGGUGAUGACCUCCAUCCUCCACUUCAAGCAGCUGCGUUCUCCAGCCAACUCCCUCAUCGCCUCUCUGGCCUGUGCUGACUUCUUGGUGGGGGCGACAGUGAUGCCCUUCAGCAUGGUCAUGUCUGUGGAGAGCUGCUGGUACUUUGGGGAGAGCUACUGUAAAUUUCACUCUUGUUUUGAAGGGUCAUUUUGUUGUGCUUCCAUCUACCACUUGUGCUUCAUCUCCAUCGACAGAUACAUGGCUGUCACUGUCCCCCUGAUCUACCCAACCAGGCUCACUGCCUCUGCUUCUGCCACCUGCAUCGCCUUCUCCUGGCUCCUUUCCAUUACCUAUAGCUUUUCCCUACUUUACACUGGGGCAAAUGAAGCUGGGCUGGAGGAACUGGUGAGUGCCCUCACCUGUGUGGGGGGCUGUCAAAUUGCGGUGAAUCAAAGUUGGGUCUUGGUAAAUUUCCCUUUAUUUCUCAUUCCCACUCUUGUGAUGAUAACUGUUUACUCCAAGAUUUUCCUCAUCGCCAAACAACAGGCUAGGAAAAUUGAAAGUCUGAGCAAUAAGACUGCAAAGUCAUCAGACAGCCACAAAGACAGAGUAGCCAAGAGGGAGAGGAAAGCAGCACAAACGCUGGGAAUUGCGGUGGUGGCGUUUUUCAUUUCACAGCUGCCGUACUUCAUUGAUUCCAUCGUUGAUGCCUUCCUGGGUUUCAUCACACCCCCACGCGUGUAUGAAAUCUUAGUUUGGAUUGCUUACUACAACUCAGCAAUGAACCCCUUGAUCUAUGCUUUCUUUUACCCUUGGUUUCGAAAGGCCAUCAAACUGAUUGUCACUGGCAAAAUCUUGAGCGAUAACUCCUCAUCAAUAAACUUGUUUCCUGAGUAG